UCGAAUUAUCACAGAGAUUUGAUUUGUUUCAUGGUUUCUUACACCUGAAAAUAUUGCUUUCUCCUUUAACAGAAGACAAGAGAAUCCAUUUUGUUUAACUUCACAGCUAAGCAAUUAGUCAACCAUCCCCAUUUUUUAAUUCCAAAUCCCAUAAUAAUCCUUUUUCUAGUGCAGAAUUCGAAUAAACAAAUUGCUUAGAAUAUUAACAGAAUAAUUGAAUCUAGAUAAAUAAAUAAUAACAGAAUAUUAAAUUUAGGCAGCUAAGCCAGUUGCAACUGGCAAGUUAUAAACUAUCUACUUAAAUUUGUGAACAAGCUGUAUGAUUUGCUGCUGGCUGGCGGGCUCUGAUUGACCCGGAAGCACCUUGUCCAAGAAAGUCAUCUCUUUGUACAGUGCACUCAGAUGCAUGAUCACUCUUCACACUUGUUUGAAUUAUUAGAUUUCCUUUUUAAGAAAGCGAUUGAUUUAUUCCGAGAAAGGAGGGAGUGUAGAAAGAGCAAAGUUUUCUUUGGUUGACCAAAAAGGGAUCAUUAUUCUGAUAUUCAGGCUCUUGAGAUGGCCUGGAAUGGUGAAAAAACGAGGCUUCCAAUAUCUCGUACGGCAGCCGGUAACGUUGCUGUGGAUUCUGGCCAUGCCCGCCUCAAUGAACUUGGUUACAAGCAAGAGCUUAAACGAUGUUGUCAAAUUUUGCGUUUUCGUUUUCGAUUAUAUCAGUUCUUACUGGUAUAACGACUCUGUAUAAUACAGGGUUGAGUUUUGGUGGACCAAUUUCAUUGGUUUAUGGUUGGCUUAUUGCUGGUGUGUUCACUAUGUUUGUUGGAUUGUCCAUGGCUGAGAUUUGUUCUUCUUAUCCAACUUCUGGUGGUCUUUACUAUUGGAGUGCAAAGCUUGCUGGUCCAAAAUGGGCACCUUUUGCCUCUUGGAUGACUGGCUGGUUCAACAUUGUUGGUCAGUGGGCUGUCACAACUAGUAUAGAUUUUUCACUGGCACAGCUGAUUCAGGUGAUUAUACUCCUUAGCACAGGUGGAAAAAAUGGUGGUGGAUAUGAGGCACCUAAAUAUGUAGUUAUCGCUUUCCAUGGGGGAAUUCUGCUUGUACACGCUAUAAUAAACAGUCUUCCUAUCUCAGCAUUAUCAUUCUUCGGACAGCUGGCUGCUCUAUGGAAUCUCGUAGGUGUUCUGGUUCUCAUGAUUCUCAUUCCCACUGUUGCAACGGAGAGGGCUAGCGCCAAGUUUGUGUUCACUCACUUCAACACUGAUAAUGGAGAUGGAAUCAGUAAUAAAGUCUAUAUAUUUGUUCUGGGACUUCUAAUGAGUCAGUACACGCUUACUGGAUAUGAUGCUUCUGCUCAUAUGACAGAGGAAACCAAGAAUGCGGAUAAGAAUGGACCAAAGGGCAUAAUUAGUUCCAUUGGCAUAUCUAUUAUUUUUGGAUGGGGUUACCUACUUGGUAUCACCUUUGCAGUUACCAACAUCCCAUACCUUCUGAGUGAAGAUAAUGAUGCUGGUGGUUACGCCAUUGCUGAAAUAUUUUACCUGGCAUUCAAGAGUAGAUUUGGCACUGGAGUUGGGGGAAUUCUUUGUUUGGGAGUGGUUGCUAUUGCCAUAUUUUUCUGUGGCAUGAGUUCAGUAACAAGCAACUCCAGGAUGGCGUAUGCAUUUUCAAGAGAUGGAGCAAUGCCAUUCUCUUCUGUUUGGCACAAAGUGAAUAAGCAGGAGGUUCCCAUAAACGCAGUUUGGCUCUCUGCAGUUAUAUCAUUUUGCAUGGCACUAACAUAUCUUGGAAGCACGGUGGCAUUUCAGGCCAUGGUCUCUAUUGCAACUAUUGGACUGUACAUUGCUUAUGCCCUACCCAUCUUCUUCAGGGUGACUUUGGCACGCAAGUCCUUCAUCCCUGGACCUUUCAACUUGGGUCGUUAUGGCGUCCUGGUUGGUUGGGUUGCCGUCCUAUGGGUGGCAACAAUCUCAGUCCUCUUCUCAUUGCCUGUAGCCUACCCCAUUACCAGCGAGACGCUCAACUACACUCCUGUUGCAGUUGGUGGCUUGCUCGUUCUUACCGUUUCUUCUUGGAUUUUUGGUGCUCGCCAUUGGUUUAGAGGUCCUAUAACCAACAUAGAUAGCUGAUACUUUAUACAUGUAGUACAAAUUGAUUUUAAUUCUUUCGAGCAUAAGAAAAUAUGAUCGAUUUCUCAACCAUCUCCGGCAAGUCUUUUGUUCUCUAUAUUUUAUGAUGAUUUGGAAUCUGUGUUUACAUGAAUUGCUAUUUGCAAACAAAUGUAAUCAAUUAUGAGAUCAUUAAAUUAGAAAAUUAUAAGAUCCACUGUUCUCAAACUUGAGAC